GCGGGUCGCCUGUCAAGUGUCGAUUCUCAUGUAUUGUUUCUAUAUCCAGCGCACGUGGUGGACUGUACCUAAUUAAAAUUGUUUAGACAAAGUUAAGAGUUUAGACAAUUUUAUAUAUGCAGUGAAUCAUGACGAAGUUAAUAAAACAUCUAGUCGUCGAUACAACAGCGUUUAUUAAAGCUGAGAACCUUCAAAAUAUUGCGGAAAACAUAUACACCGUCCAAGAAGUUGUCGAUGAAAUAACCAACGAUCGUCAGCGUAGAAAACUUGUUGUUUUACCAUAUGACUUAAAAGUUAAAGAUGUAUUCACUGAAAGUAUUAAAUUCAUCACAGAGUUUUCGAAAAAGACAGGUGAUUAUACGAGUCUCUCUGCCACUGACAUAAAAGUAAUGGCUUUAACUUAUCAAAUGGAAAAGGAAAUAGUUGGAAUCGAACAUUUAAAAACGGAACCAACGAUGCAAAAAACUGUUAAAGUAACUGGUUUGCCGGGAUAUAAAACUGAGUCGGAUAACACAAAAAAAAUUGAAAAAGUGGAUGAAACAAACACAAAUACAGAGAAAUCUGAUACUACUGUCGGAGAUACCAUUUGCGACAGCUCCAAUUCUACAUGUGGCUCAGCUGUAUUAAAUGAGGAUAGUAAUAAAGAUGAUGAUGAAGAUAAAAAAUUGGCAGAUGAAAUCGCUGAACAAAUAAAGAAUAUGGAAUUAAGGGAUGAUAAGGAGGCAGCGGAUCUCAUUGUUAAGGUGGAAGAAAGUGAUGAAGAGAGUGAGGAAUAUGAAAGUGAAAGUGAAGAGGAUGAUGAUGAUGGAAGUGAAUGGAUAACACCGAGCAAUCUAAAGGAAAAGAAAAAGGAAAUUGAGUUUGGUGAAUUUGAAGAGAAGAAUGUUGAUGUCGCUUGUAUAACGUCAGAUUUUGCUAUGCAAAAUGUUCUGAAACAAAUAGGUUUAAACGUCACAGCUGUUGAUGGACGAAUCAUAAGGUAUCUACGUACAUUUAUUUUCCGCUGCACAACUUGCUUCAAAACAACCAGUGUAAUGACUAAGCUAUUCUGUCCUAAAUGUGGUCAUGCUACUCUAAAGAAAGUAGCCGUUAGUGUCGACGAUGAGGGCAAUCAACAUAUUCACAUUAAUGGGCGUAAACCACUCACAGCUAGAGGUAAACGAUUUAGCCUGCCUACGCCAAGGGGUGGCCAACAUUUCCAAUAUCCAAUACUCACAGAGGACCAACAUAUACACAAACGAUUUGCUAGUAAAUUGGCUAGAAACAAGACUAACGCUCUAGACCCUGAUUAUAUUGCUGGAUUCUCACCAUUUGCAAUGAAAGACGUUAAUUCAAAAUCUGCCGUUCUAGGUGUGAGAGCCAAUAAACAAGAUAUAAAAUAUUGGAUGAAGAAUUACUCUAAGGGCAAGAAGAAAUAAAAUCAGCUUGUAUAAUAUCCUGUUUUAUUAAAAACUUUAUUUAUAUUGUUUAUUGUACAU